AUGGGGAGGAAAUGUUCACACUGUGGUAUAACAGGUCACAAUUCAAGAACUUGCAAAACUCAUGAGAAAACAAAAAAUGAAGAUGAAAAAAUAAUUAAUGAUGAAGAUCCAAAAAAUAUUGGUAUGAUGAAACUUUUUGGAGUGAAACUUGAAGUACCUUCUUCUUCUUCCUCUUCUUCAUGGAUGAAGAAGAGUUUUAGUGUUGAUUGCCUUUCGAAUUCGUCAAAAAUUUCAUCGUCAAUGGCUGCAUCUAAUUUUAGUUAUUGUGACAUGUCAAAUGGCUAUCUUUCUGACGUUGGAAGAGCUUCAUAUAAGAAAAAAGGAGUUGCAUGGACAGAGGAAGAACACAGGAUAUUUCUAGUGGGAUUGGAAAAACUUGGUAAAGGAGACUGGAGAGGCAUUUCUAGGAACUUUGUCACCACAAGAACACCAACACAAGUUGCAAGUCAUGCCCAAAAGUAUUUUCUUCGACAAAAUUGUCUUAAUAUAAAGAAACGUCGACGGAGUCUCUUUGACAAGGUUGGGAUGGAUAAAUCAACUAUGUUACUAUUUGACAAAAUGGUUAUCAAAACAAAUAUUUCAUGUGACAAGUCACAGCCAGAUGAUGAUACAAAUAUUUCCAUGAUAAAUUUCAGUACAACUUCAUCAAGCAAAGAUUCAAAGUCAAGUAGUCAACAAUUUUCCAACAAUUUUCCAUUUAUGAAUUCAACAAGUCAUGAUAUUUCAGUUCAAGAUUCACCACUGCCAGACCUUGAGCUCACGCUUGCUGCUCCAACUAGAAAAAGUACUGCUCUUCUUGCUGGAAGUACAAUUACUGUUGUUUGAGUAAAAGAAUAAUACUGCUUAUAUUUACUAGUAUAUACUAUAACAAGUUUAGGAGAUUAAUUAACUAAGUAGAUGUC